AAGGAGCACUAUCGUUCGACGCAGUAAUAUAGCUUACUCAUCCAAUUCUCACGCUCGUGCUCGCGUACCUACCUCAGGUGCCUCAGGAGGUGCAAACAGGGACCCUCGCGAUGCAAUUAUUUGAAUAGUCGUGCGUCUGCGCCGACGAGCGGCAGUAGCAGCAUUCCGCCGUUCCGUGUGUGUUUGGCCAGGCGAUUCAGUCUGUGCCUCGCGCCGCCAAGGGGUGCAUCGGCAGACGCUGACUCGCUCAAAAUUCGGCCAACCACCGCCAAAAAUAGCUGCGGCUGGUCGAGAUUUUCCCCCGAGAGCGCGAAAGGGCGAGGGGGAAGGCACGAUGGAGCUGCGUUUUCCUCACCCCCCGAGGGGAUGAAGGGCAGUCGGGGUUUGGCGGUGGUCAGCCGGCGCCACUUGUUGGCGCUGCUCGCCCUGUGCCUGCUGCUGCUUCUGGGCACGAAUCUGCUGGUGCAAGGGCCGCAGAGCGCCGUGCUGCCCGAAAACGGCAACGCCCCCCAGAAACAACCCCUUGGCAUUGGCGUGCGAAUCUUCCUCAAGAGGCUCUUCGGAGAUGGCUAUGGACAGAGGUGCGAUCGGCACGCGGCAAAUCGAUCGGUUGAGAGACAACUACCUGAGGCGACCAUAUUCCUGGACCAACGGGACCCUGGCAGAGCGGCCUAUUUCUUUGUCGAGACCUCUUGCAAUGGACUAGUUAAUGCUCGGCAAGCGUGUGCCGUCGAGUCCGCGGCGCUGCUGCACCCUGAAGCCGACGUCUACCUGCUGCUGCUAUCGCCACCCCCUGAGUUGGAUGUGCGCCGACAGAACCCAUCCGUGGCCAAUCUGAUGGAUGGCUACAGAAAUGUUCACGUGCUCUACUUCAACCUUGUAGACUACUUUAAGGGCGGGCCUCUAGAGCAGUGGUUCAGGUCGGGUGCCCUCCGGGCCAGCAGCUUUGAGCAGUCGCACACCAGUGACGCCUUCAGGUACUACACCCUGUGGAAAUACGGUGGAACUUACAUGGAUCUGGAUAUAAUCCUGCUGCGAUCGCUAUCCGCACUGACCAAUUUUGCGGGUGCCGAAUCCAGCGAGGACAUCGCGGCCGGCGUGCUCAAUCUGGAGCGUCACUCUACCCUGGCGAUGGAGUGCGUUCGUGAAAUCAGGGACCACUUCCGUGGCGACGACUGGGGCGCCAAUGGCCCUGGCGUCAUUACCCGCACUGUGCAGAAACUUUGUGGCACUGAAAAUACCCAGGAGAUGACCUUUGACAGGUGCAAAGGUCGCUUCCAGGUGAUGCCCCCCUUGGAUUUCUACCCGAUUCCUUGGCGCCAGUGGCGGCUGUACUUCAACAUAUCGUCCAGCAAUGACACAAUGCGGCGUCUCUCCAAGAGCAAGGCCAUCCAUGUGUGGAACAAGUUCAGUGCCACGACGCCAGUGCAAGUGGGCUCGCGCCAGCCGUAUGGACUGCUCGCCGCUAAAUUCUGUCCAAGGGUGUACGCUGGCUGCGGAGCCACCUUUUAGUCUGCUCAACGCUGAGGUGACAAAUGUCAGAGACAAUACCCAUACCAAGACACCUCAUUGUCAGUUCAUUUUAUAGUUAUUUCACUCAGGUUUUCAUCUUGUCUACAUAGGACGCGAGGGAGGAAUUCUGAGAGAUAAUUUUAGGGAAUUCCUCUUGAUAUUGAAUUAUUCCAUUCACCAAAAAAAACUUGCUUUUUAGCAAGAGCGUUGACUGAAAUUAUUUUUUAUUGAUUUCAAAAGGGUGGGUUUUGAUAUAUCUCUUGAUUUUACGACACCUCCUCUAUAAAUGUUGUGAUAAGUGAAUUGAGAGUUAUCUUAGAUAGAUGAUAAUAUAUUAUGUUACUAUCACAUUCAAGCGUGUCACAGUUCCGAUAGUCUAGUUGAAUAUUCCACGCAAUAAUUGUGAUCGUAUACCGACGCGUUUUCAGCGCUAGUCCAGCACUCACAAACAUCCCCUAGGCAAUACUUUUUAGUACAAAGCCGAGUUGAAACUGUCCCCGUCGACAAUCUCCGUUUGAAUUUUGGGAUUUUGGCAUUGCAAAGAAGUGUUUGUUGCUCCUUUCCAAGCGCGCAGUUGACGCUUUUUUGAAUGACAUAUCACAAGAGUAGUGCCAUACACACACCUUGCUUUUCCUGGUCUGGCGAGUGAGUCCCCAUCCCAAUUUCUCAGUUGCGAUUAUUCGCAAACACAUUCCUUAGAAAUAUUUUGUAACCGGUGUUAUGACAAACAAUUUCAAGUUGUCGAAUGUAACUUUAUAGAGAUUCUGAAAUAUUUAAUCAACGAACUUUCUGUGAGAUUUCGAGUUUGUAGCAAUUUUUGUUCAAGGUAAUAAAUUUUUGUAAUAUAACAAAUAUGA